AUGAAUACUAGAUACUUGUAUUUAGUUGCAUUGUCUUUAAUUAUUAUACCUUCUAUAUUCUUUGCUUCUUUUGUUAUACCAAUAUUAUAUGUUAGAGUUGGAUACUAUUUUAUUAUACCAUGGGCAUUUCUAUUGGUGUCGAGUGUCAAUACUCUGUUGGUAGCACGAUCAAUAGAUCCUGGAUACCUACCUAGAGUAAUAAAGAAAUCGAUAGACGAUACAACAGUAGAUAUGCCAUUAGAUAAUAAUAAUAAUAGUAAUAGUAAUAGUACAUUUUUAGAUAUAGAGACAGUCAGUAGUGAUAAUAUUAAUAAAGCACUAGAUACCAAUCCAUCAUCGAGUUCAGACUCGAUUUCAUCAUUCGAACAGCAACAACAACAACAAAACCCAAACAACAUACCAAUAAAGAAAAAGAAACAAUCAAAGAAAACAAUCAAUAUUAAUGGUGAAUCGAUAACCAUAUUUUAUUGUAAAUCUUGUAAUAUAUAUAGACCACCUAGAUGUUCACAUUGCUCAGAAUGUAAUAGAUGUGUUAUGGAAUUCGAUCAUCAUUGUCCUUGGAUAAGCAAUUGUGUUGGAAAAAGAAAUUAUAGAUACUUUGUAUAUUUUGUGUGGUCGGCAGUAGGCCUAUCGAUUAUGACAAUGGCUAGUUCAAUUGUCACAAUUAUCAAACUUACAAAUGAGCAAGGAUCAUUUGUUAGUGCAGUUGCAAAAUCACCAGUUGCAUUAUUACUUGCUGGUUAUGCAUUCCUUUUGUUUUGGACUCUAAUAGGUUUGGGAGGAUAUCAUUUACACCUUAUAUGUAAAGAUGUUACAACCAGAGAAGAUACCACCGAUCUUUCCAAAGUAUAA